GGCUGGCGGUGCCCAGCUACAUCAAACGCGUCCACAGACUCGCCGCUGGUGUUCUUUGGAGGACAGCCUUUACUCUCUGAACUUUCCACUUCGCUUCUGCGGGACCAGCAACAGCUCUGCUCCCGUUCUGUGCCAUAAUCAGACUCGGAGAUCUAAUUUCUGACCAAAGUUUCACGGACGCAACUUUAUGUGUUUCGCGCUGCGAGCAGAGGACAAUGCUCUCCAAAUCCGCGCGUCCUUCAUCCAAGUGGAGCCACGCCGGGAUGAGACAUUGGGGACCGGUUCUGAUCGGCUUCUGAAUCCCGAAGUGUGCGUGUUCGGGUGAAACUGCUCGGUUUGAGGAGGUUGGGACAGGCCAACAUGAGAGUUUGUAACAGGGGGAUGAUGAUGCUUCUGACCACGGCGGGGGCUUUCUGCGCAUUCAGCCUCAUGACCAUCGCGGUGGGCACGGACUACUGGCUCUACUCCCGCGGGAUGUGCCGCUCCAAGAACCUGAACGACAACGAGACCGUCCACAAAAACGAGGAGGUCCUGACCCACUCGGGACUUUGGAGAACCUGCUGCACCGAGGGAAUAUUUCAAGGUGUCUGUAAAGACAUUGAUCACUUCCCUGACGAUGCAGACUACGAGCAGGAUGCUGCAGAGUAUUUACUACGAGCAGUUCGAGCAUCCAGCCUCUUCCCAAUCCUCAGCGUGGGACUCCUCUUUCUUGGGGGUUUGUGUGUAGCUGCCAGCGAGUUCUACAAGUCCCGCUACAAUGUCAUCCUCACUGCUGGUAUUCUCUUUGUCUCUGCAGGUCUCAGUAACAUAAUUGGCAUCAUUGUGUACAUAUCGGCCAACUCAGGGGACCCCAGUCAGAGUGACAACAAGAAGAGCUACUCCUACGGCUGGUCAUUCUAUUUCGGGGCCCUGUCGUUUGUGCUGGCUGAGAUGGUGGGCGUCCUAGCAGUGCACGUGUUUAUAGAAAAGCACAGGCAGCUUCGCACCAAAGGCCGACCCUCACUCAUGAAGCCUCCCAUCUCCCGAAUCCCAUCAUCGUACCGCAACCGCUACUACCAGAACCGCAGCCGACGCUACAGCUACAGGAGCAACCACAGCAUGGCAGACUCCACCACACACGGCUACCAGCCGUCGUCGGUACGCGACCAGGAGCCCUGCGUGUCGGCUGAGCCUAAGGUCGCCGCCAUGGCUGGUUUGUCUACGCCGGUGACGAUGGGAUCUGAGUUUUUGCUGUACGCCUUAACCUCUCCUCUGAAGGAGAGCAAGAUUGACAUGGCUGUGGAGGACUUAACAACCGCAGCCACUCUCAACACGGACAUGCUGCCGGGAAACUGCGCGUCCAAUCGAAGAACCACGCCGGUCUGAGAGGAGCCAAACUGGAGAGGCUGGAUAAGGAAUAAAAAAAAAAAAGACAGUCCUUUCAAAGUCCUCUUCACGGCUCGAUAAGAGUGCAGACUUUUUUUUUAUGUCCUGUUGAUCAAAUAACCAGUCAACAAAAACGCAGUUUUACGUCCAGUCACUUUUUUUUGUUUUUGUUUAUGGUGUUGCUAGGGUACAUUUGAUAUACUGCUGAAACAAAUUUAUUUACAUACCAUACCCCAUACCAUACCAAUUUUAUUUAUGAAGCACUUUAAAGACAAACAGGACCAAAGUGCUGUACACAAUCAUAAAACACAGAUGAUCACUCAUAAAACAUGAGCAAAAUGGUAUAUAAAAUUGGUAAUAGAAUUAAAAUGCAGUAAAACAAAGUCGACAUCUCAGAUUGUGUUGAAAGUCGAGGAAAAGAGAUGGGUCUUAAGAAGGGAUUUAAAAUCAGAAACAGAAGAGGCUUUCCGCUUCGUCUUCGGGACCCUCAGUAACAACUGGUGAGCUGAUCUAAGGGAACGGGAGGGUGUGUAGGGAUGUGGCAGCUCAGACAGGUAAGGUGGAGCUAGGCCAUUUAGAGCUUUAAAAGCAACUAAAAGGAUUUUUAAAUGAACUGGCAGCCAAUGUAGCGAGGCUAAAACAGGGGAAAUAUGCUCAAAGUUUUUUGUACCUGUUAAGAGAAGUGCAGCAGCAUUUUAUACCCUCUGAAGCUGGGAAAUGCACAAAUCACAGGCUCCCUUAUAAAGUGCAUUACAGUAAUCUAACCGAGUACUUACAAAGGCAUGGAUUACUGUUUCAAAAUGCUGAUUUGAAAGAAUAGGCUUUAUAUAG